AGGGCAGGCCGGGAGUUGUAGUUCCCGUGGUCGCGAUGGCGAACUGCUGCCGCAUCGGGCCGUCUAUCCUCAACAGCGACCUGUCGCGCCUGGGCGCCGAGUGCCGCCGCAUGCUGGCGUGUGGAGCCGAUUACCUGCAUUUGGAUGUGAUGGACGGCCAUUUUGUGCCUAACAUCACCUUUGGUCAUCCUGUGGUGGAAUGUCUUCGGAAAGAUCUUGGACAAGAGCCCUUCUUUGACAUGCACAUGAUGGUCUCAAAGCCGGAGCAGUGGGUGAAUCCUAUGGCAGUAGCAGGAGCGAAUCAGUACACAUUCCACCUGGAGGCUACGAACAACCCUGGUUCUCUCAUCAAAGACAUAAGAGAAAAUUGUAUGAAGGUGGGGUUGGCAAUUAAACCAGGGACAUCUGUAGAAGAUUUGGCUCCAUGGGCAAAUCAGAUUGAUAUGGCUCUGGUGAUGACUGUGGAGCCAGGGUUUGGAGGACAGAGUUUCAUGGCUGAUAUGAUGACAAAGGUGCUUUGGUUGAGGACACAGUUUCCUUCCCUGGAUAUUGAAGUUGAUGGAGGUGUAGGACCAGACACUAUUCAUAAAUGUGCAGAGGCUGGAGCAAACAUGAUUGUGUCUGGCAGUGCUGUCAUGAAGAGUGAUGAUCCCAGAACGGUGAUCAACCUGCUCCGAAAUGCUUGUAUGGAAGCUAUUCAGAAGCGUAGUCUGGACAGGUGAAAGCUCAACAGCGCAACUACACCAUGCCUGCUUCAAGUGCAGAUGGCACUCUCUCCGAAGCUGCCCAGCCAUUCUCACUGAGUGCGGAGUAUAAUCUUGUGAGAGGCAUAAGACAACGUUUUUCAUCUACAACUUCUUCCGGAUGAUUUAAGUGUUUUAUAUCUUCCUCGUUCAAAGGGAAUGUACGACAAUUCCAUGGUAGUACAACCUGCAAUAAAGUAUAAUAUUUUUAAA